UGUGGUAUAUUUUACUGGUCUAAAUACGGUCACGCUGAAAUAUUUGUACACAACAGAAACCGGCUCGUUUUUUCGCUAAAAAAGAACUUUUGACAAAAUGAUCACCGACGUGCAAUUGGCCAUUUUCUCCAAUGUCCUGGGCGUAUUUCUAUUCCUGCUGGUAGUUGCCUAUCAUUAUAUUAAUGCCAAUACCGGAAAGCCCAGCGCCAAGGCAAAAUGAUCUUCGAUGUUUCCACUAACAGAAUAAUGUAGUUGUACCAGGAUAAUGAUAAUGCUGCUUCAUUCGCAAACAAAUAAAUAGUUGUGUAAAUCUAA